CCGAAUUUCAUCAGCACAUAUGUCGUCCGGUAGAAAACUUCAAAGACAGUGGACAGAAGUGUUAGGCUACCACUGUUUCAUUCCAUGUCCCACGCAACCGAAAGAAUACCAGACGAGAACUACAUGCAGCAGCAUAAUAUUGCAACAUGUGCAGAAGAAUAUGACAGCGUUGAUGACUUCCGAAGCCACUGGCCGACGGUCGGAACCCGAUUCUAGGGACCACCAUAAUGAAGGUAUGUCGUCCGGUAUAAAACUUGAUGAAAAGUCGAUGUUCCGCGCAGUCGGAAGAACAUCAGACGAAACCUACAUGCAGCAGCAGAUUUCAACAUGUGUGGAUGUGGAAGAACAUGACGGCGUUGAUGACUUCGAAGCCAUCGCUACCGCGCGCCCUCCCUCAAACACAAUGAUGAAACGGAAUAGAAUUGCUCAGCAUCUACCAGUGAGUGUGGACGUCGCGUGGGAGGUACAGGUAAUUCGGACGCAUGCGACAGCUUGGAACUACUUGGAUGUCGAGAUUGCAUUCGGCCGUUCGCAUCGGCGUCUGGAACAAACGUACUCGUGUGUACAGUUUCCAGUAACUGAUCUUGGGCUGAUCAUCAUUCGUCCGCCUGAACGCACCGAGCCAGGCAAAGAUCCAAUGGGGUGUACGGACGGUGACUCGGAAUUCUUGCAGUCGGCCGAACCUGCGGUGAUCCAGAACGCUUGGUCGGAGUCCAACGGAUGGCUGGCGAUGGGCUCCUUGGUCUGGACAAAGGCCGCACCGCGAUCAAACGACAAAUUGGCAGUUCGAGCGAGGCUGGACAGGCUGCAGGGCGAACACCGCGUAGGGCCGCGUGCCCGCGAGAACCGACGGUCGGACGUAGCGGUGGUUCGCUCGGGGACCACCGCGGGCCGCGGUCUCGGCCAGAAGGGCUGGUGUGGGCUCCACAACGCCCUGGACGUGGGGAUGGUCUCGACUGGCUCCUCGACGGCGCGCACCCAGCACAGGCGCCCACUAUUUUGCCGCCUCAAUUUGGCAGCCGCGACCCGCAGCCGCCUCGGCCAAUCACCAUGGCGGCUGUUCGCAGCAGCUGGCGCCCCUGGCGGUUGGGAAGAGGCCGCCCUGCGCGCGGCGCGACCCCAAUUUUUUGCGGCUUGGUGGGAGCCUGCGUUCUGA